UCACGCACAACACAGCGUUCUGUUUUUCCAUUAGAAUCCAAGAUCUGAUGCUUAGAUUCUUCUUGCCAAGAAAUAAGGAGGGUUGUUAAAAUCAGAGCUUUUGAUCUUGUUGGUUAUGUGACAAAAAGAAAUCAAUGACUAAUUUUAGUUCUAGUUAUAGCAGCCAUUUUGCAUGCUCAGCAGUUAGAUCUGAGUUUUAUAGAUCUAUUAUAGAUCUAUGCUACUCCCACUGGAUCUCAGCCUUCAAACACUGGAGCCUUUUUAUGCACAUCUGAGGCUGACCAGUCAGUCUUCAUUUAUCCCCAGAAGUCAUCUAUAAACUAAAACAACUCUUCAAACUGAUAAGAUAAAAGCCAACAAAUUAUAUCAUUUGAGAUGUAUAUUAAUUUCUAUCAUCAUGGAAAUAAUAAUACAACAAAAUGUUUGCCUAGAGUGGUGAGAUAUGACAUCAUCUUGAGAUUUAAAACAUUAUUUUGUUUUAUUUGAUGGUGGAUUUAUGUGAGGAUCAAUAAAAAAUGUUGGGAAAUAAAUGGAGAGAGAAUUAAUAACUUUCUAAGUAUGUUUUAAAGACUUAUUAUUAAAAAUAAAAAUUACUGACCGUGGGGCUUUGGGUAGCAGUAGAGGGCAUGACCCAUAUACCUCAGGCCUCGACGCAGCCAUCUUGGGUCCGAGUCCCAGCCCCAGAGACCUGUGCUACCCCCUCUCUUCACCACACUUCCUGUCUGCCUACAUAACAAAAAUAGUGAAUCAAAAAUCAAUAAAUAAAAAUUACUUGAACAUAUUUUUGAGUAGACAGCUUUUUAGGUGAGCACAACCAGCUGAAAGGCUCAGUGAGGGAGGAUUUUCCAUGGUCACAAAAAUAACUGGACAGACAAAGUUCCUUCUGCUAAAAACAGAUUAUUGUGUCCAUUCAGCAUGUUGAGGUGUGGACCGGUAACAUUCCUGCUGUGCAACGUCAGGUUCUGUAACAAAUGGGCCCACUUGUUUCCAGCAUGUCAUAUAAAGGCUGAAGGUUUUGAACACCACUGAUGUGUUUAAUGAUUAUGAGAUAAAAUGCAUGCAUCUAAGAUCCAGGCAAAAGACAGUUUCAAAAGGUGAUUUUUAAUGAUGUGUAUGAAAAAGAGACAAAGCUCCUGUGUUUAGAAACAGCUAUAGAUCACUAGACUGAAAUGAAGCUAAACCAGUUUAACAGAAAACACCUCCGCCUCGGUUGUAACUGAACCAUGACUCAGAAGGGCAUGUUCUAAUCCUCAGCUACUACCAGAAUCAACAUUUCUUCAGUCGGACGAUUUCAGUUCCAGAGGAGACAGAUGAAGGUUUUAAGUUGCUAAACUGAGACAGUUUAUAUGUUUUCUUUUUGUUUAUGUUUUCUUUUUGAGACGCAUUUUUCUCAGCUUUACUCAGAGGCAGAAUGGCGAGCCAAAUACAGGAUGAUUUCCACUGUCCCGUCUGCUUAGAGAUCUUCAGAGAUCCCGUCAUCCUGCCAUGCAGCCACAGCUUCUGUAAAGCCUGUCUCCAGGACUGGUGGACGGAGAAGAAAGUCCAGGAGUGUCCUCUGUGUAAAAAAAUAUCUGAGGACAAGGAAACGCUCUGCAACCUGGUGUUAAAGAACCUCUGUGAGAAUUUCUCAGAGGGGAAAAUCCAGAACAGUCGGGUGGAUGUCUGCGGCCUGCAUGGUGAGAAACUCAAGUUGUUCUGUUUGGACCACCAGGAACCGGCGUGUGUCGUCUGCAGAGAUUCUGAAAAACACAGCAGCCACAGAUUCAGACCCAUAGAUGAAGCUGCUCGACAGCACAGGAAGGAGCUGCAGGACACCAUAAAGGCCCUGCAGGAAAAGAUGAAAAUUUUCAAUCAAGUUAAAGUCCAGUUGAAUCAAACUGCUGAACACAUAAAGGUCCAGGUUCGGCACACAGAGACGCAGAUCAGACAGCAGUUCCAGAAGCUUCACCAGUUUUUGGAGGAGGAAGAGAGGUCCAGAUUGACUGCUCUGAAGAAGGAGGAGGACCAGAAGGGUCAGAUGAUGAAGGCGAAGAUAGAAGCACUAAGAAGAGAAAUGUUGGCUCUUUUAGACACCAUCAGAGCCACAGAGGAGGAGCUGAGAGCUUCAGAUGUUUCGCUCCUAAUAAACUUCAAGAGCACAAUGGAAAGAGUGCAGCUCUGCCCCCUGCUGGAUGACCCACAGCUGACCUCAGGAGCUCUGAUAAAUGUGGCCAAACAUCUGGGCAACCUGGGAUUCAACAUCUGGAAGAACAUGAAAGACUUAGUCACCUUCACGCCGAUCAUUCUGGACCCAAACACGGCAAACCCAGAACUGGUCCUGUCUGAGGAUCUGACCCAGGUGAGGUGUGGGAGGAAACGGCAGCUUCCUGAAAACCCAGAGAGGAUAAAACGUUUCUGUGCCGUCCUGGGAUCCGAGGGAUUCAGCUCAGGAGCUCACAGCUGGGAAGUGGACGUGGAAAACCACACGAGAUGGGAGCUGGGCGUGCUCCAGGAGUCCAUUCAGAGGAACGGUGCCUUAUGGUCGGGUUUGUGGAGAAUCCAGCUGUGUGACGACAAACACAGAGCCAUCUCUCCACCUCAAACUUCUUCUCUGCUGGCACUGAAGAAGCUGCAGAAGAUCAGGGUGGAUCUGGACCUGGACAGAAAGAAGCUCUCGUUUUUUCAUGCUGACACGAACACACACAUACACACCUUCACACACACUUUCACACACAAAGUCUUCCCUUAUAUCUGGACCGGAGCUAAGCUCCCUCUGAGGAUUUUACCAGUAAAAAUCGAUGUAAGCAACCCUUCUUCUCAAUGAUGACCAAGAUGGUUCUACACAAGACCUUCUGAGAAGUUUCAGACUUGAUUUCGCAUAGUGUGGUUAGUUUGAGUGUAAUGCCAUAAGAUCCAAAUGGUUCUGUCUGUAUUCAGCAUCUGAUGUUCCAUGUUAGCACACCUGGCUCCUCAAUGCAUUUUGGGUUUUACCUUCAGAUAGAAAACCUCCAGCGGCUAAAUGAGACAAAUGUUGCUGAACAUGAUCCUGAAUAAGUAAACUCAAGUAAAACAUGUAAAACAAACUAAUUAAAGAGUCUUCAUCAAUCAGAGGAAAUGAGAAGCAUGUUUCAAACUCAUUAGAUAUGUCUGAACUAAAAAAAGUUGGAAAGCUGUUUUUUAGGCGAUUGUUAGUUUGCCAUCUGUUGUUCAUCAGCCUCACAUAAAACUAAUUAUUAACAACCCAAUAAGUAGCUGUUAACUGUUUAUUAGUAAUUUAGUUCAUGUACAACUGAUCACAUUAAGGAACCUCUGGGAUAUCUUGAACUGCAGUUUCUAAUAGAAUAAAACUUCUAACAUUGUUUGAAAAGCUGAUUUUAGUCCCUUUACAGGGAAGCCAUAAAUAUAUGUGGAAUAAGAGAGAAAUGUGACACAACCGUUUUUCAGUAGAGGUUAAAUUGGCUCCUUUAGAGACACAAGCUUCACAUGAUUUUCAUAUUGUUGGUCAGAAUUGAGUCAGAACUACAGAUCUAAGUUCUGGUUGCAGCCAAAGCUUCUGCAAGAAGCAAAGUUCUCCCUCUAGGGGCACAGUCAGGAACUGCACCAUUGCAUCUUGUACCAUCAUCAGUGAUUCUCACAUCCGUUUGUCUAAACGUCCUAAGAGAAAACGUUUUCUGGUCCAAAACACUCUGGCCUAAACAUUUAAAUUUCCAUUUUUUCUUUGAGAGGGAGAAUAGAAAGAAAUCAAGAAACCCGAAGAACCGAUAGAACACCUUUUUGACUGCUAGCAGAAUUUUAUUAUAAUGCAAUAAAUAAAAUGAAUGAGGAACUGUGAUUAUUUAUACAGACUGAUUUUUGACAAAUUUAAAAUUGUUUUCACAUCUAUGAAAUUUUCCAUUUUCCAACAAAUUUGUCUAAAUAAAGUGAUUUUAACAGAG